AUGCAAUUACUUGAUUUACCAGAAGAAGUUCUCGAGUUGAUUUUCCAGUAUAUACCCAAUGUUGAAUUGAAUAAUAUAAAGGAGAUUCCUGAGAUUAAACAAUAUGUCUUGUAUCAAUUAUAUUCAGUGGUAAUUAUAGGCAGUCAAUUACCUAGGACAAAGGUUUCUGGAAUGUAUCAAUUGAAAUAUAUGUUCCCAUCGACUUCAACGGGUUCUUCAUUUAUUCCUAGAUUUGAAAAUAAUAAUGAUUUAAUUAAAUUUAUGAAAGAAAACCCACGUAUUAUUCCGAAAGUGGUAUUUUUUGAGUAUCCACGAGAUCUUUUAAAUCUUAAUGAAUCAAAUCCUGAAAUUUUGCAAAAUUGUAAAAUUAGAUUUCUUUUGGAAAAUAUUGAUAUCGAAAAUGGUACUUUUGAAAAAUUGAAACAAUUGGAAUAUCCUAUUGAUAAAUUAUUAGCUUUUGGAAGUAUAUUUGAUUUGAGGUAUCAUAUGGAAAAUAAUGAUUGGUUCAAUCGGAUUAACAUCAUUGAUAUACAUGGAGACGUUGAAGAUAUCAAAAGUUGUACUAACCAAUCUAGAUUUAAUAGUUUAACAGAACUAACAAUUACCCAAUUAAAUGAAGACCAAAUAAAAUAUAUUCCAAGAGGUGUGAAAAAGUUAACAUUUACUCUGUACUUUACUAUGAAUGAAUAUUUACAAGAUUUACCAAACUAUCUUGAAUUGUUAAAGAUUCGUUUUGUAACUGAUGAGGGGUUUGAACUUUGUUGUGAUGUUAGCUAUUUAGAGAAUUUGAAGAGUUUAAUGUUUGAAGAAUUUGUUGGACUGUGGAACCUUCCGUCAAGUAUUAAAAAACUAGAACUAGUUGGAUGCAUGGUGAGUCUUGAUAAUGUAAACGAAAUGUGUCCAUAUUUAACUGACUUCUUUUAUGAUAGUCUGGAAAUAGAUAGUAAGAGAAUAUCUUAUGUUCUUCAGGAAUUACCAACAAGUUUAACUAGAUUAAGUUUCAGAGUUGAAAACUUACAAUACAUGGUUUUCCACAAUCAAUUGAAAAAUGGUCUAACAGAUGAAUUGAAAAGACAAGUGAUAGACUCUAAAUUAGUGGUUGAUUUUUUCCCAACAUCAUUAACAAAGUUACAUCUUUAUGGAUCUCCAUUAGAAAGUUAUUAUGAUGAAAGUUUUCUUCUAAAAUUUGAUAAUAUGAUAAUUGAUCUAAACAAAUUGGGGAAAUUACGGGAAUUAUGGCUUCAGUGUGUGACUGAAUUUUCACAGAUAAAGAAUCUUCCACAAUCGUUAAACAACCUUAUUCUCAAACAAACUACUGGAGUGAACUUCAAAGAAUUUAAACAUUUAGAAAACUUGGACAGUUUGGAGAUUAGCUUGAAUCGGAAUUUUCAACCAAUCGCUCUAGAUUCAACAAAUAUCAAAUACUUGAAAUUAACCUGUAAUGCAAUCAAACACGUAUCACCUUCAAAUCUAAUAUUACCUCCCAGUCUUCAUGAACUUGUUAUUUCCAAUAGUGGUGUUGAGUCUAUUAAUAGUCAAUAUGUGUUUCCACAUCAAUUACAGGUUUUAUCAUUGGACUUUAACCGAUUGGAUCAUUUACCAAAACUACCAACAUAUUUGAAAACAUUGAGUUUAGCAAGUAACAAAUUUGGAUCCAAGGGGUUGUUUCCCGUUUUACCUAAAUCGAUAGAAAUUUUAGAUAUUUCUGAAAAUGAAUUAACAAAACAACUGCUUGUCAAAUUUAAUUUGAAAAAUUGUACAAAUUUGAAAAUUCUAAACUUAUCUGGGAACCAAAACAUUCAGUGUCUUCUGCUUGAUAUUCUUCCCAAAUCUUUGAUACAUUUAUAUUUGUACAAGAUAGGGUUGACUGAGUUCAUCGGAAACUUUGGAAAUUUCCCAAGACUUGAAGUAUUGGUUCUUUCCCAUAAUAUGUUAGGUGAAUUUUUAAAUAAGAAUACACCUCAAAUUAUGAACUUAUUUGGAAAUGGUAUCAAGGAAAUAUUAUUGGAUAGUAAUGGAUUAUCACAAGAGUGCAUGGAAUCAAUCAUGAGCUUGUAUUCUUCGAAACAAGGAAUCCAAUGA